CAAGUGCGCGGCAUAACAUUUGGCGGGAGCGGCUGUCCUCAAGGGUCAAACCUCUCGAUCCCGGGACUCAAAUCGACGUACUUCGACGACGCCUUCGAGGCGAAGUUUGGAGGGGAUGAACGCGUUACCGAUCAGCGAAAGAACUGCCAAAUGAACAUAGCCAUCUCAUACCCGCUGGGAUGGCAGUUUAACCCGCCUUCCACAACUACUCUCGGCUACGGGGACCUUGUUGCAGGAGUGAAUGGACUGGUGAGAUCGACGUAUUAUUUCUCUGGAUCAUCGGACCAGACUACGACCGACCUCGAAUUGACAGGACCAGUUGCUGGGUACUUCAGCAAAACGGAAUCCUCGCCCGUUGAUUUGUGGUCGCCAUGCGGAAGUGAAGGAAUGCUCAAUAUCAAUCUCCAGGCACGCAUCACGGGCGGUAGGACGAACGAGACGAGUCGCAUUCGAGUCGAUACU